AUGGCAAGAGGCAACCUAACCAUUAUUUCAGAAUUCUUCCUCCUCGGACUGUCAGAGGUGCCUGAGCAUCAACCCCUCCUCUUCAGUCUGUUCCUAUCCAUGUACCUGGUUGCUGUGGUGGGGAACCUGCUCAUCAUCCUGGCCAUUGGCUCCACCUCCAACCUCCACACCCCCAUGUACUUCUUCAUAGCCAACCUGUCAUGCAUUGACAUCUGCUUCACCUCUGUCACUAUACCAAAGAUGCUGCUCAAUAUCCAAACCCAGAGCCCGUCCAUUCCCUAUGUUGGAUGUCUCACUCAGAUGUAUUUUCUAAUCUUGUUUCUAGAACUGGACAAUUUCCUCUUGGCAGUGAUGGCAUAUGACAGCUAUGUAGCCAUAUGUCACCCUCUUCAUUAUAUCAUAACCAUGAGCCCCAAAUUCUGUAUCAUGUUGGUGUCCGUGGCUCUGAUUAUCACAAAUAUCUAUCCUUUGAUCCACACCCUCUUGAUAGAUACACUGUCAUUCUGUGCAAGUGUCAGAAUUCACCAUAUUUUCUGUGAACUUUACUCAUUGCUAAAGCUUUCCUGUUCAAAUAUCCACAUCAAUAAGUUGGUUGUUUACACCCUGGGGAGCUUUCGUUUUGUUGCUCCUUUCCUCUUUAUUUCUCUUUCCUACAUGCACAUUUUCUCAGCCAUCCUAAGACUUCAUUCUUCUCAGAGCAAACUGAAAGCCUUUUCUAUUUGCAGGUCCCACCUUGUUGUGGUGUCAUUGUUCUAUGGAACUUUAUUUGGAGUGUAUCUGCGACCCUCUUCUUCCUACACAACUGAGGACUCAGUGGCCACUGUGCUAUAUGCCGUGGGGGUUCCCAUGUUCAACCCCUUCAUUUAUAGUCUUAGGAAUAAGGACAUGAAAGGGGCCUUGAGGAACCUCCUCAGUUGGAGAAAGGUCUGGUCUUGGUGA